AUGGGAAAGGGCUGUAAGGUUGUGGUUUGUGGCUUGUUAUCUGUGGGGAAAACGGCAAUUUUGGAGCAGCUCCUUUAUGGGAGUCAUGCUAUUGGAAUGGAGGACUGUGCAACAAUGGAAGAUGUGUAUAUGGCUGCAGUGGAAACAGAUCGGGGAGUCAAGGAACAGUUACGUCUUUACGACACCCGAGGCCUACAGGAAGGCGUGGAGCUGCCAAAGCAUUAUUUUUCAUUUGCUGAUGGCUUUGUUCUUGUGUACAGUGUGAAUAACCUUGAAUCCUUUCAAAGAGUGGAGCUUCUGAAGAAAGAAAUUGAUAAGUUCAAAGACAAAAAAGAGGUGGCCAUUGUCGUGUUAGGAAACAAAACUGACCUUUCUGAGCAGAGACAAGCGGACGCCGAAGUGGCACAGCCGUGGGCCAGGAGCGAGAAGGUGCAUCUGUGGGAGGUGACGGUCCGCAAGUCCCUGAUCGAGCCCUUCACCCUGCUAGCCCGCAAACUCUCCCAGCCCCAGAGCAAAGCGAGCUUCCCUCUGCCUGGGAGGAGAAGCAAAGGCAACUCCAGCUCUGAGAACUAAACCCUAGGGUGCACAACUGUCCCUUGAAUGGUGACUGCCUCGAGGUGUCUGUGAACUCAUGU